AUGGAUGAGGUUUUAGCUGCAAUUAAAAAGCUCGCGGUACGUGAGGAAAACACUAUGGUUGCAAGAGUGACGCUACACAAUAUGCGACAGGAUCGUGAUGAAACUGUCCGGAGUUACGGUGCUAGACUUAAAGGACAGGCCGGUAUAUGCAAGUUUGUGAUUAAGUGCCCCGGAUGUACAGCCGACGUCAAUUACACUGACGCUAUCAUGCGUGACGUACUCACCCGGGGAAUUGCCGAUCCGGAAAUACAACUUGAUCUGCUAGGACACAAAAAUCAGGACAUGAAUCUUGAGGAUGUAUUUCAAUUUGUCGAAUCAAAGGAAGCCGGUAAACGUUCAGCUUCUAGACUUUCAGAUUCUCAUCCAGUUGAGGCUGCCAGCAGCUCAUACCGGAAAAGCAAGGCUGACAGACCGUCGUCCAAAGACACCUCCAACAAAGCAGAGCAAUGUGCAUAUUGCGGAAAAAAGGGACACGGCAAGUCUGCCCUUGCUCGCAUACGUAAAACAGAGUGUACAGCAUAUGGACACAUAUGUGGGCAUUGCCAUCGCGAACAUCAUUUUGAAAUUGUAUGUAGAAGCAAGGACAAACCCAAAGUGACAGACCGUGAUACACUUUCCGGAAGUGCUUUGUUCGACGCAUUGUGCUCUGUUCAUGAUUCUCUACAACAUCACCACUGUACCGUUAGUGAUUCUGGCAUCGAACGCUCAAUCUGCAUCGACCACCAUGUCUAUGACGAACUGACGAAUUCCUGGGUGAAACAACGCUCCAAGCCUCAACCAUUCGUGAACGUGACGGCUAAAGUUACUGCUGAGGACUACGCCGCCCUAGGCUUCAGACUAACACGAGACACCAGCAACGUCUCAAUACAGGCUAUGGCUGACACGGGAUGUCAGAGUUGCCUCGCUGGCUUGAAAGUAAUCCGCCGCCUUGGUCUACGAGAAUCAGAACUCAUACCUGUAACGAUGCAGAUGCACACGGCUACAUACGGUGGUAUCAAAAUUCUUGGGGCGACCAUCCUUCGCUUGAUUGGUAAAGACAAGGCAGGAAACACCAAGGAGACCAGACAGAUGACAUAUGUCACAAGCUCAACAGACAAGCUCUUCCUCAGUCGCGAAGCCUGCGCUGCAUUAGGUAUUAUCCACGAUUCAUUUCCAACCGUCGGAGCUCAAGUCCCUUCAGCUAGCAUACAUGUCGAUGCUACUUUCUCCUUACCGGAUCACCAAGUCAAAGCAUGCGAUUGUCCUACACGCCAACUGCCACCACCACCUCCGAUAAAACUGCCUUGCCCUGCUACGACGGAAAACGUUGGUCACUUAAAAGGUUACCUUCUUGACCACUACAAGUCUAGCACAUUCAACAGAUGUGAACACCAGACUUUACCACUCAUGAAUGGACCUCCCUUGAAGCUCAUGGUGGACUCCAACGCGAAACCUGUCGCUCACCAUACACCAGUACCCGUUCCAAUCCACUGGCAGGGUGCAACUGAAGAUCUCCAACGACUUUUUGAGGAAUCUAAAAUUGUCAUUGCCAACGAGAUUGAGCAGGGGGUACGGAUUUUCGACCCAAGUAAAUUGACGUGUCUCGCGACAGACUGGUCAAAGACUGGCAUUGGAUUUUGGUUGCUACAAAAACACUGCGCUUGUGCUAAUGAAAGCCUACUAUGCUGCCGUGAUGGUUGGAAAGUUACACUCGUAGGUAGUCGGUUCACACAUGCGGCAGAGACGCGUUACGCGCCGGUUGAGGGCGAGGCCCUGGCAGUAGCAGAUGCCCUUGAUACAGCUCGCUACUUCGUUCUUGGGUGCGACAACGUGAUCAUAGCUGUUGAUCAUAAGCCAUUGUUGAAGUUAUUUGGCGAUAGAUCACUGGAAAACAUUCCUAACAACAGACUUCGUAACCUCAAGGAGAAAACACUACGAUACCGCUUUCGAAUGCUUCAUAUGCCUGGCAUACGACAUCGUGCGGCGGAUUGUAUCUCCCGACAUCCUAUUGGUGAGCCUGAGAAACUUGUGCUCGAGGACGACAUUGCAGCACUGUCAUUUUCUGCCGUCGACAUCGCCCACUUUGGUCUAAUGAGUGGUCUACGCAUGCCUUCAUCAGGACUAGCAUUUGUCGAGGAGCAUGUCGUGGCAUCAGCUUCUUCAACACUAGAUGCGAUCAAUUUACGAUCCGUCACCUGGGAGCGCGUUAGAACCACUACUACCAGCGAUGACAACAUGCAGGCGUUAAUCGCUCUGAUAGAGGCCGGUAUACCGGGAACCCGUCACGAGCUGCCUAGGCCACUGCAAGAAUAUUUCCCAUUCCGCGACGACCUUCAUACGGUUGAUGGUGUAGUACUUUAUAAAGACAGAAUAGUCAUUCCACCAUCACUCCGGGAAGAAACCCUUGCCUCCCUGCAUUCGGCACAUCAAGGGGUGACAUCUAUGACUUCAAGAGCUGACGCGUCAAUCUUCUGGCCUGGUAUCACGCCUGCCAUCGCCUCCCUACGCGCAACUUGUAACCACUGCAACCGUAUUGCUCCAUCUAACCCGAAUGCACCACCGACUCCUUUGAUAACUCCUGACUAUCCAUUCCAAUGCGUGUGUGCAGAUUUCUUCCACUACAUGGGCUGUAAUUACCUAGUGGUAGUUGAUCGUUAUUCCAACUGGCCGGUGGUGGAGAAAGCCUCUGAUGGUUCCAAUGGUUUAAUAGACUGUCUCCGAAGGACAUUUGUUACUUUUGGUAUCCCUGAUGAACUAGCAUCAGAUGGUGGACCCGAGUUCACUUCUGCGGCCACACGUCGUUUUCUCAGGAACUGGGGCGUUCACCAUAGACUGUCAUCUGUAGCUUUUCCCCAUAGUAACUGCCGUGCUGAAGUGGGAGUCAAAACAGUGAAGCGUCUGAUCACUGGCAACACCAGUCCCAAUGGCGACUUAAACACCGACGCAUUCCAACGCGCUAUUCUCCAGUAUCGUAACACACCUGACAGAGACACAAAACUAUCCCCUGCUAUGUGCGUGUUCGGUCGUCCUAUACGAGACUUUAUUCCUAUACCACCCGGUCGGUACAUUCCACACAACACUUGGCUGGAGACUUUAGCAGCUCGCGAGGAGGCUUUACGGAAUCGUCACGUGCGAGAAAGUGAACGUUGGUCUGAACACACCAAACGUCUCUUACCUCUUGCAGUUGGAGAUCAUGUACGCAUCCAAAAUCAAGUUGGUCCUCACCCCCUUAAAUGGGACAAGACUGGAAUCAUUACCGAAGUUCGCCAGUUUGAUCAAUAUGUAGUUCGGGUUGACGGAUCUGGCCGUGUUACCUUACGCAACAGGAAAUUCCUCAGGAAGUAUAUCCCAGUCGUUACACCACCAGCGCGCUACACAAUUGACAAUCAAAUUGGACUCUCCCAUCGUACGACGUCUCCUGCUUCUAACGCCCCAGACACCGUCGUCGGUGAAGAGAGCAACCCUCCCCGUAAGGAUACGAGUCCUCCACCAUCCACUCCGUUGACUACUAGAACCAUACAACGUUCGCCUCGUUCAUCAUCUGAUGUUGAUCACCCUUCACCACCAUUUGGUAUUCGAGACAUCUUCAGUCGACGUCAUCUAGCGUUUGAUUCUCCUGCAACCCCAGUGAGCAAAAUCACCACACCCCCGGCAACGAUGCCACCUAUCUCGACACAUACGCCACAAGCAGUAGUUCCGUCCCCUGCACCGAUCCGGACUUCUGGUCGUGCCACAAAGAAACCAGCUUGGCAUUCAGAUUAUAAAAUGUCCAAAUAACAAUUGACUUGUUUCUACUUGGAACAUUUCCUAAGUGUUAUAUCUGUUGUGCAACUUUUCACGGAGACUCAGUGCUUCAUUUUGUUUAUUUUAGGACAAUUAGUCGGACAUUUCUUAAUAAUUCUCAUAUUUCACAUCAGUCUUUGUUCCUAGGACUAAUACGAGUGACCCUAUUACUUACGUGUACCAAAGACUUGGGGGAGAUAGAGGAUUGUAUGUUAUGAUUAGUUUCUAUACGUAAUUCAUGCUAAUUAUCAUUGUGCAAUUUACCACUACUUUGUGUGUCUUUUCAGACCGUGUUCAUUGCUGAAUAAACAUAUUUAAAGUAAACGGAACAGAGUCCCAUUUAAUUUGCUUCAAGACAGGAUAAUCAUAGAGGUUCAGGUUUCUCGUAGUUGUGCUAUUUUUGUUUUUCGAAAAGGUAAGAAUUUUACUUUUGGGAGAUGAGAAAGAAAGUCUGCACAUUUACUACAUUUUUCACAUAUGUUCAACAUAACUUCCAAAUUUAUCUAUACAAAUAUCGUCAACUUGUGUUGUAAUGUUUAAUCUUAUAUUUGCUAUUAUUGCACCUUUUCCACAUGUCGCUGUAUUGUUUAAUAGUUCGUUAAUAAACACAAGAUAAAAAAAAUGCUGUGAGAGCACUGCCUUGUAAGAUUCCUCCCUCCAUGCUUACCCAUCUUGAUUGUAAACAAUUAGAUAAAAUUCAACUUUUUACACCAGUGCAUGUGUCUUAAAUUUGACCAACUUUUCCGAGGCUAAUCCAAUUUAAUACAAUUUUAAGAGCAAUCCUUUAUGCCAUACUGUAUCAAAUGCCGUAUUACCAUCUAAGAAGGCGACAUGUAUAUCACUACCUCUUUCUGUAUUAUAUAAAACACAUUCUUGUGAAUUAAAGGAAGUCAGGAGAUUACACAGCCCCUUUUGGUUAGCUGACUGGUGACGAUUACUCAGAAAGUAUCUGUCAAAAAGUUCUUGUUCUUUAUUUUUAAUUUUCUCUCUCUCGAAAUGAGUCGACCAAACUUCAGUAAUAGCAACAGUGUCUCCAGAUUCAUUAAAUGACCAAUAUGACAGUGGCGAAUUAAGUGGAAGAAUUAGUUUAUUAUUAUGCAUAUUAUAAUAACUAUGACCAAGUAUUAGAAAUGUAAAAACAUAUUUCUUUAUUAAAUAAAGAAACCAAAAGUACUGUAUACAUAUUAGCCAGGGACCAGAUUAAAAAAUAUUUACACUACACAAACGUGCCACCAAUAUGUACUACUGUCUAACCACCCGUAGAUACUCGUGUCCGUCUGUAAUCAGCAGUAUAUCCUGUUGAUACCUCUGUCCGUCUGUAAUCAGAAGUAUAUCCUGUUUAUACUUGUGUGCGUCUGUAAGCAGCAGUAU